AUGAUCGAGACCACAGAUGCUUACUGCUGUGUUUACGAUUUGAUCCCCAGAACGGAAAGCCCAUCUACUUCCACGAAGACUGUAACGUCAUUUGACGACGAAUGGGCCGGGGCAGAUUAUUGCUUCAAAAAGAUUCCUUUCACAGCCAGUGAUUAUUCGAGUCAGGUCUCUUUGGCAUCGGCGCAGGCUGUCGCAACCAACACAGGACCUUCGACCAAUGAGGCGACUUCUAUGAGCACAAGCUCAGGCUCGAGCUCCACUACGGCAUCGGCAUCUGUGACUCCGACUACGAACGCGGCUAUGUCGCUUGCUACGGCUAAAAAGGUGGUGCUUGGUGGUGCCGGAGUUGCUGCAGCUCUUUUUGCUUUGUGA